AUGAGUGCGGAAGGAUACCAGUACAAAGCACUCCAUGAUUACAAGAAGGAGAGGGAGGAUGACAUGGACCUUCAUGUGGGGGAUAUUCUGUUAGUAAGCAAAGGAGCGCUGGUUGCUCUUGGCUUCACUGAUGGACUGGAGCAGAGGCCAGAGGACAUUGGGUGGUUGCAAGGUUUGAAUGAGACCACUCAAGAGAAAGGUGACUUCCCUGGGACAUAUGUCGAGUACAUCGGGAAGAAAUGCAUUGCGCCGCCCACACCCAAGCCCCGGCCUGUCAGACCCUUACCUGUGACCCCUGGGGCGGACAGAGCCGAAGACUCUGACUCAGAACAAGGCGCAUAUCUCCUGGAUUUGACCGAGCAGUUCGCGCUUCCAGAGACGGCCCCACCGCUGCUGGCCCGGCUGCUUCAGGCUAUCGAGAAAAGCGGUCUUGACAACCCGACUCUUUAUCGAACGUUUACUGCUGGAGGUGGAGCCGAAAUUCGACAGUGUUACGACUGUGAUCCUUCCACUGUGGAUUUGGAGUCGAUGGAACUCCCUGUGCUUUGUGACGGUUUGCGGAGGUACUUGCAGGAUCUGCCCCAGCCCGUCAUUCCAGCUGCAUUAUACACUCAAGUGGUCCACACAGCCACAGAGGUGUCUGGCCCAGAGGAGUGUGCUCAGCUGCUGCGGUGUGUCUUCAGUGCUCCAGGUCUGCCACCACAAUACUGGCUCUCCCUCCAGUGUCUGCUCAGACACUUCAGCCGCGUUUGUCAAAGCUGCUCCAAGAACCUGCUCUCUGCGCGGGCCUUGGGAGAGAUCUUCAGCCCAGUUCUUUUCAGACAACAGAGCACCAGCUGUGAGCCCAGCUCUGAUAUCCACAUCAGAAUCAUUGAAGUAUUGGUGGCCAGCGAGUGGACAGACAGCCAUGCAGCACCAGCUCUACCUCCAAAGCCACUGAAGCCUGCGACUGUGACUAACAACGGUAUGAACAACAACAUGGCUCUACAAGACGCCGAAUGGUACUGGGGGGACAUCUCGAGGGAAGAGGUGAACGAAAAGCUUAGGGACACCGCCGACGGUACUUUUCUGGUACGAGACGCUUCAACUAAAAUGCACGGCGAUUACACCCUCACUCUAAGGAAAGGAGGCAACAACAAACUCAUCAAGAUAUUUCAUCGAGACGGAAAGUACGGCUUCUCGGACCCGCUGACGUUCAGCUCGGUCGUUGAACUCAUCAACCACUACCGCACGGAGUCUCUGGCGCAGUACAACCCCAAACUCGACGUCAAGCUGCUGUAUCCCGUUUCCAAACACCAGCAGGAUCAAGUGGUGAAAGAGGACAACAUCGAAGCGGUGGGUAGGAAACUGUGCGAGUACCAUCAGCAGUACCAGGAUAAGAACAAGGAGUACGAUCGCCUCUAUGAAGAAUACACCAGAACGUCACAAGAAAUCCAAAUGAAACGCACAGCAAUAGAAGCUUUCAACGAAACCAUCAAAAUCUUCGAGGAGCAAUGCCAAACGCAAGAGCGGUACAGCAAGGAGUACAUCGAGAAGUUCAGACGAGAAGGCAACGACAAAGAGAUUCAGAGAAUCAUGGGCAACUACGAGAAGUUGAAAUCGCGGAUCAGUGAAAUCGUAGACAGCAAGAGGCGCCUGGAGGAGGACCUGAAGAAGCAGGCGGCAGAUUACAGAGAGAUUGACAAAAGAAUGAACAGCAUCAAGCCCGAUCUCAUCCAGCUACGCAAAACCAGAGACCAAUAUCUAAUGUGGUUGACCCAGAAAGGCGUGCGUCAGAAAAAGCUCAACGAAUGGCUGGGAAUCAAGAACGAGAACACAGAAGAUCAAUAUUCUAUGGUGGAGGACGACGAGGACCUGCCGCACCAGGACGAGCGCUCCUGGAAGCUCGGCAACAUCAACAGACUCCAGGCCGAGGCGCUGCUCAAGGGCAAGCGCGACGGUACAUUCCUGGUCCGGGACAGCAGCAAGGCCGGAUGCUACGCCUGCAGUGUUGUCGUGGAAGGCGAGGCCAAACACUGCGUCAUCAACAAGACCCCGUCGGGUUACGGCUUCGCGGAACCCUACAACCUCUACAGCUCCCUGAAGGAACUCGUCCUCCACUACCAGCACACGUCUCUGGUGCAGCACAAUGACUCUCUCAACGUGACGUUAGCGUACCCCGUGUACUCCCAGCAGAGACGAUGA